GUAAGCCCAGGGUCCCCUGCUGAUAGUGCUGGAUUCUGUCCUGGUGACGUCAUCAUUGAAUUUGAUGGAAGGCCUAUUGUUAGCAUUAAGGAGAUUGUUGAUAUAAUGGGAGACAAAGUUGGGAAACCUUUGAAAGUGGUUGUGAAAAGAGCCAACAGUAGUUCAGAAACUCUGACUGUUAUACCAGAGGAGGCUAAUCCAGAUAU